AACAGAUAAACCGGGUCGGAUUGAUCGAAACGGUACCCUAACUGCAACUCCAAUCAAUUUCUCUCUGGUCGGAUCCUCGUAGUCACAAGAGGGCGUGAUCGGCGAUUGCUGAUUUCUCCGGUGACGGACCGGCGGCGUGCCGCGAUUGAUAUUCUCUCUGCAGUAUGGGUACCCACGGCCGAAGCAGUGAGAGGAAGAGAGAGAAGACGUCAUCUUCCAAGAGACGCAGCCGAAGAAGGUCCUACGACUCUGAAUCUGAUUCCGACGAGACGGACAGCCGUGAUUCAUCUCCUGUGGCGAGCUCCAGAAAGCGCAGGGAAAGUGGCGGUGGUAGCAGAAGCAGCCACCGGAGUAGGCGACGGAACUCCUCGCGCGGGCGGGAUUCCGGAGAUGAUAGUUCGUAUGAAAGUGAUGGCAGCGACGAUGGAGGUCGCAAGAAGAUUAAGUCUUCGAGGAAAGUUACCGAAGAGGAGAUUAGCGAAUACUUGGCCAAGAAAGCGCAGAAAAAGGCCUUGCGAGUUGCAAAGAAAUUGAAGUCGCAGACAGUUUCUGGUUAUUCCAACGAUUCGAAUCCCUUUGGCGAUUCCAAUCUGAAUGAAAAAUUUGUUUGGCGAAAGAAAAUUGAGCGUGAUGUUACCCAAGGUGUACCGCUUGAUGCCUUUUCAGUGAAGGCCGAGAAAAAAAGACAGAGAGAAAGAAUGGCUGAGAUUGAAAAGGUGAAAAAGAGGAGGGAGGAAAGGGCUCUUGAAAAAGCGCAGCAUGAGGAAGAAAUGGCAUUGCUAGCUAGAGAACGUGCUCGCGCUGAGUUCCAGGAUUGGGAGAAAAAGGAAGAAGAGUUUCAUUUUGAUCAAAGCAAAGUCAGAUCAGAGAUAAGAGUUCGUGAUGGGCGUUCGAAGCCUAUAGAUAUUCUAUCCAAACAACUGAAUGGAUCAGAUGAUUUUGAUAUAGUAAUUGAUGAGCCAUACACUGUAUUCAAGGGCUUGACAGUGAAAGAAAUGGAAGAGCUUCGGGAUGACAUCAAAAUGCAUCUUGAUAUGGACAGGGCAACACCUACACAUAUCGAGUAUUGGGAGAGGGCCAUACUGGAACGGAAACGUAUGGCUGUCUUAGAAGAACAGCAGAGACGGAUUCAAGAAGCAAUGGCUACGAAACCUCCCGUGCCGCCAGAGGAUAAUUUUGAGCUGAAAGCCUCAAAAGCCAUGGGGGUCAUGGAGGAAGGUGAUGCAGUUUUCGGAUCUGGUGCUGAAGUGAACCUGGAUUCACAGGUUUAUUGGUGGCAUGAUAAAUACCGUCCAAGAAAACCGAAAUAUUUCAAUCGGGUUCACACAGGAUAUGAGUGGAACAAAUACAACCAGACUCACUACGAUCACGACAACCCACCUCCAAAAAUUGUGCAAGGAUACAAAUUUAACAUCUUCUAUCCAGACCUUGUUGACAAGACCAAGGCUCCAACUUACACCAUUGAGAAGGAUGGAAACAGCAGCGAGACAUGUAUCAUCAGGUUCCAUGCGGGGCCACCGUAUGAGGAUAUUGCAUUCCGAAUUGUAAACAAAGAAUGGGAGUACUCUCAUAAGAAGGGGUUUAAGUGCACGUUUGAGCGUGGAAUUUUGCACGUAUAUUUCAACUUUAAACGAUAUCGUUAUCGCAGGUAACACAAGGUUGGUCAUGGCAGUUAUCGAGUUGCAAAGGUGCAUGUUGCUCUGUUGCAAUCUCUUUCAAGGUAUCUCGGUUUUUUACUUCAUCAACUAAAUUAAAAAGCAACCACUGCCAAAGUUUCCUUGUAAGUUAAUGAUGUGACAUACAAAGCUGUAAAUACACAAUAGUUAGGUCCUGAAAUUUUUGAAACUAUUGCUUCAGGCAUUUCUCCUUCCCAGCUGCCAGGUUUGAUGCUCCAUCCUUUAUCUCUCUCUGUUUUUAUUUUUUAUUUUGGCUGCUGUUCAAUUCCCAAUUUUUGUUUGUUUAUGCUGUCACACUUUGGUUCUAGUUUUUCUCAUUUAAAUAUUGAUCAGGUGAUAAUAUUGGGUGGCCAA